AUGUCAUCGUGGGCCGAGAGUGAUUUCCCUCCCCCAGGCCAGCCUGCCCUAGGCAGCUACACAGAGCCGCGCUCUGGCCAAGUCUACACCAUGUACCACGGCACAACCAGAGAGGCUGCAGCCUCCAUCCGGAGAACAGGCUUUAAGCAGUCGUAUAGAGGCAUGUUGGGGAGAGGAGUCUACCUCAGCCGGGAUCUGCAGAAAGCCAGCCGCUACCCAUUGGAUCUACCUGAGAACCAAAGAGUUGUCCUGAAAGUGUCUGUGUAUGUUGGGCGGGUGAAAAAGAUUGACUAUCAGGGUCACCCCAUGCAGAAGACCUGGCAUGACCACGGCUACGAUACAGCUUGGUGCCCCCCUGACUGUGGCAUGGUCAAGAGCGGUCUAGAGGAGGAUUGUGUGUGGGAUCCGGAUAGAAUUCACAUCAUUGAGGUUAUCUAUCCAAAAUCCAACUUGACUUUCUGGAUGUUUGCCAUUGUGAUAAUGGCUGUUGUCAUCUUGCUUUUUCCUGAACUUGCAAGGACAUGGAACCAACGCCAUUUACGAUGCCUGAACACAAUAUCCCCCACACUGCACCACCUAGUGAAAGUGAUAGUGAAAGUGAACGUGGGCAGGGUGAUAACAAUUCGCAAGCAGGGCCACCCCAAACAGAAGACCUGGCAUGAGCACAGCUAUGACACAGCCUGGUGCCCUCCUGGAUGUGGCAUGGUGCCCAGUGGGCUGGAGGAGGAUUGUGUUUGGGAUCCUAAAAUGAUUGAAAUCAUUGAGGUCAUACUUCCCAGAUGUGAUAAUGAUGGCAUUUGGGCAGCUGCAGACUGGGUGGGAUCAUCUUGGCUUGGCUCGAACUAA